AUCUCUCCGUCCUCAACACAAUCCCUAGUCACUAUCUGCCGGUGGGGAUUUCUGCGACUCUUCCUUGUAUAUCAAAACAUCGAUACCCUUUGAUUCGCUAAAAUUUACAAAAAGAGUGGAGUAGGAAGCAGCAACAGAAAUGGUGCUCACGAACUUCAACGGCACCGGUGUCGGAUUUGGUUUUGGAGUUGGGUGCGGCUUUGGAGUUGGAUGGGGUUUCGGAGGGAUGCCUUUGAAUAUCUUGGGUCUUGGCGUGGGUGGAGGCUGUGGAGUUGGACUAGGCCUUGGGUGGGGCUUUGGCUCUGCAUUUGGUAGUCAGUAUCGAUCAUCUAGGGUCACGUUCCAGGGCUUAGAAUUCAGUAGUAAGGGCCAAAAUGAUGAGAAAGAGUUAAGAGAUCGUCUCUCACAAGUUGCCCAACACAAGUCCAAGACGGAUUGCUGGUUCGUCAUUCAUGGCAGGGUUCUGGACGUGACCAAGUUCUUGGAAGAGCACCCGGGAGGAGAAGAGGUUUUGGUAGAGUCGGCUGGGAAGGACGCAACCAAGGACUUUGAGGACAUCGGGCACAGCAAGGCAGCUCAAAACUUACUCCUCAAGUACCAGGUCGGAGUUCUCCAAGGCUACAACAUCCAAGACGGUGCAGCAUACACUAAGGAUGCUCCCUACAAGGAAACAAAGACCAAAGAAAUGAGCGCUUUCGUCAUCAAGAAUGACAGCACGCCCACGUAUGCUGCUCUUCUGGAAUUCUUGGUUCCUCUCCUUGUUGCCGGUUUCUUCUUCGGCUACAGAUACCUCUCCAGAGAUGCCCACCUCACCACCUAAUUCACUUCCAUUUCUCGUCUCUCGUCUUUUUCUUUGUGUUUUUCAUCCCCAUCCCUCUUCUUGCUGCACUGUAUGUCCGUGACCAAAAAUAAAUGAACCGUUUUUAAUUAAAAAA